UCCUUCUUCUUCUCAAGAAUUUGGAUUUUUUUUUCCUACUCUAUCUUCUUUCUUCCUCUCUUAAUUUUCUGACCCACCCCACCCCAAAAAAAAACAAUAAUUAGGGCUUUAUAUAUUUUUUGAUUUCUUUAAAUAUUCUUCUUCUUUAGAAACUAGGAAGCUUCUAAUUUUCCUUCCCAAAUGGAGAUGAUAAGCUUUAUGACCAUGUUCUUCCUCUUCCUCCUUGCUACCCCUUCACUUUCUUCUCCUAAAGGUGGAUCUGAAAAUGGUGAAAUGGAUUUUUCUUCUUCUUCUUCUUCAUCAGAGGUUUAUGAAAUAGAUUAUAGAGGACCAGAAACUCACUCAUCUCAUAUUUCUCCACCUGAUCAUUCCCAUGGAAGGCCUUGGAUUAAUCAUCAUGAUCAACAUCAACUUCAACCCAAACAACCUCCUUUCAAGCCUGAUCCAUACCCACUCAAGGGAAGCAAAGCGGGUGUGCAUGAUUGAAGAAGUUUUGGAAUUAAAAGUAUUGUUUCAAUAUUUAAAAAAUUAAACCAAAUUUGGUAAACUUGAGAUAUAAAUUUCAUCCUUUUUUAAAGUAUAAUUUUGUACAGAUUGUGGUUGCAUUAAUCUUUUGUGUGUGCAUCUGAAGUUUGAACGGUUGUACGUUAGUAAUUGAGUAAGAAUCAACAAAUAUCUUACAAUAAACUUCAUCUAUUAUGUGUAUAUUUUUUAAAUCUUUUAACUUUUAAAAUGUCAAUUAAAUUUC